GAUAUUCGCUCGUUCAACCCCAAAGCGCUAAAACCCUGGUUCGGCAGCCCUCUCUCUUGUUUGCUCGCUUGCACACACCGAAUAGCAGCAGCAGCAGCUCUUCUGCUUGACGGAGAUGGUGAGCCAUAACUUGAAAUCUGUCCACGCUGCUUUCACUCCCGACGGUGAUUUCCUCGCCAUAUUAUCUCCAGAUGGGGUUGUUAAAAUCUGGAACACAAGCAAUGGAAAUUUGUUCGCAGAGUUUAAAGAGCAAGAUGAAGAAUCUGACCGUUGUUAUUCUUGUUUGGCAUGUAUCUUCAUUGGGAAAAAGCGUAGAAAAGGCUCUGGUACAAUCUUACUUGCUCUAGGCACAACUACUGGCAACAUUUUGGCCUUUAAUGUUUCCACUGGUGAGAAGAAGUGGACAUCUGCUGAAUGCCACCCUGGUGGAACUUUGGGUCUCUAUUUUCUAAAUGGAGGCAAUGCCCUUCUCUGUGUUGGUGCUGAUGGAGUGGCAUCUGAAGUGGAUCCCCAAACUGGAGAACUUAUGAGAAAAUUCAAGGCCUCAAAAAAGUCCAUAUCAUCGUUGUCUCUUUCUUCUGAUGAGAAAGUUCUAGCUGUAGCAUCUUCUAAGAUACGGGUAUUUAACUUAGAAAAUGGGAAAGAGCUUCAGAAGUUUCCCUUUGAUCUGGAUUCUGUUCAAUAUAUGGCUGUUUCUGAUGGUGCCAAGGCCAUUGUUACUUCAGGAUUUGGGGAUAAGCAGCUUCAAGUGUGGCACUGUGAUUCCAGCACCACAGAUGGAACUACCGGGCCCACCCUUUCUAUGAAAAAUCCUCCAUUUAUGUUAGAAUGCAAAAAUUCUUCCGAGGACAAAGAUGGUUUGGUUGUCCUAUCAGUUACAGAGUCUGGUAUUGCUUACUUGUGGGAUUUAAAGACCAUUUCACAAGACAAGGUUAGCCCUACAAAGAUCAUGGUCAAGUCUAUCAAAGCAAAAGCUGACCGACAAAAGAGUGGAAGUGCCAAGAAGGGUCGUAUUCCUGUCAUAUCUGCUAGAUUGAAAGCUUUAGAGAUGGAUAAGCCAAUUUCUAUCCUUAUUGCAUAUGGUUCCAUAGACUGUCCACAUUUUAAUGUAUUGGAGAUUACUAACCCAGGGGAGGAUAUUAUUGUUACUGCUGGAGAUAUGAUGUCAAGAACUAUAGCUGGCAGUCUUCAAGAAAAUGAAGAUCUUGGAGGUAAAGAAAAUUCUGCUCCGAGUAUCCAGAAGCUGGAGUCAAAAGCAGCAGAUGAACCAAUGCAGAAGAAAAAAGUAAAUAAGAAAAGGGCUGCACCAGAUCAAGACAUUAUAACUACAGGGAACACAUUUGGUUUUGAGGCUAUGGAUGGGAUCCGUGUUGAUGAUGAUUUAACUGAGCCAACCAUGGGUGAGAAGCUUGCAAGUCUAAAUUUGAUUGAUAAUGAUAAGGCCAAUGGCCUUGAAAAACAAGAACCUUCUUUUGGAACAAAUCUCCCAAGUGCAGAUUCAGUUCAUGUGUUGCUCAAGCAAGCACUUCAUGCUGAUGAUCGUGCACUUCUCUUAGAUUGUUUGUACAACCAAGAUGAAAAGGUUAUUGCAAAUUCAACCUCAUUGUUAAAUCCAUCUGAUGUUCUCAAGCUUUUGGACUUCCUGAUGCCUAUCAUACAGUCGAGGGGUGCAGUUUUGGCUUGUGCUCUUCCAUGGCUUAGAAGUCUACUUCUUCAGCAUGCAAGCAGUAUAAUGUCCCAGGAGUCUUCGUUUUUUGCACUCAACUCUCUAUACCAGCUCAUUGAAUCUAGAGUCUCAACCUUUCAGUCAGCUCUUCAACUAUCAAGCUGCUUAGACUACUGUUUUGCAGGGAUUUUGGAAGAUAUGGCUGAUGAAGAAAGCACAAUGAAACCCAUCAUUUAUGAAGAUAAGGAUGAAAGCGAAGAAGAGGAACCUGAAGAUGAUAUGGAAACUGAUGAAGAUGUCAGUGAAGCUAUCAUUGGUUUUAGUGAUUUUGAAGGAAGUGAUGGCAUGAGUGAUUAAAGAGAUAACUGAUAAAAUGAAUGCCCUGAAGGCUUCUUGAGAAGGAAGAAUCAACCAAUACCAGAUUUGGCAAAUCUGAUCGCGGGUACAGAAUGACUUCUUCGUUUUCCGUAGCAUUGAGGUUACAGAGUGAAGAAUCAAUUCAUUGCUUACAGUAUGCAGAAGUGUUGUAUUGGGCACAUCAGGUCAUGUGCUAAAAUUUUGACAUUUUUCCAGUAUUAUUAUUGAGGACCUUCAAGCUAUAAGGCAAAAUUAGAUCCUUGAAUCAAUGACAAGUAGGUUCAUUUUUCAUCCUGGACCUCUUGGCUGUUGCCUGUUGCUCAAGCUUGAAACACCAUAAAACUAUACUCUUUCUCAGAUCCACGGUUGUUUCACGCGGAGGUGUCAAAUGGGCGGAUUCAUUAGUACUUUGUAAAGAAAAUAUUGUUUAGGGUUUCUAAGUUAUCACAAAUGCUGUACUUAUAUCUAUUCACCCAAUCUUUUGAAUUUGGGUUAUGAUGUGUUUAUAUUGUUAAACUUCUCACUUC